AUGAGCUGCUUACUUGUCAUAGAUUAUGAUCAUGCUGCUCGAUUCGCCAAGCCAGCUGCUUUGAGAAAUCUCGGUCUCCAAACAACCCAUGAUAACACCGAAGUUAUCCACAAGAGCGAUGUUAUAUUUCUUGCAGUGAAACCACCACAUGUUAGCAAGGUUGCAUCUGAAAUAGCUCCGAUAUUGAACAGGGAGCAGCUGGUCGUCUCUAUUGCACUGGGUAUUACAAUACGGAACAUUGAGUCGUUACUGCCUUCAAAAUCUCGUGUAGUACGUGUGAUGCCAAACACACCAGCUGUGGUUCGAGCGGGAGCAUCGGCCUUUGCUGUCGGUUCUGCUUGUCGAGAUGGUGACGCAGAGCUAGUGAGGUUCGUGGCAAGUGCCAGCUCAGGUUUGAUGGUAAAGGUUAGGCUAAACAUAAGUCUCCCUUACGCUGAUCCUGGCGGCAUGCGUCUUGUCAUGCCGGGGCGCCUCCCUUCCUUCGUCAUGCCUGGCGUCUCAUCCUAA